CCCAACAAGCUGCCGUUGUCCCGCGGGCCCUGGGCCCGGCACACUGGGGCUUUGUCCAGCCCCCCGCUGCGACCCACGGGAGGGGCCCCCACAUGACCGAAGGGGUAGGAGGAGCCUGCGGCUGUGGCGGCGGCGGCUCCACCAUCGUUUCCCUCCGUGGCCUGGGGUCGGCGGGUUGUGACGGCGGCCGGGCAGGGCCGGGCGGGGCCGCGGACGCCAGGCCCCCUGUUCCCCUUCAGGCUGCCGGCGCCGGGCCUGGGCUACCAAGGCGGCUGUGACCCGAGCGUCUUCCCGGCUGCGAGCUGGGGGUGCGCCAGGACCCCAGCCCCCUGGACCAUGGGGAAUGGCAUGACCAAGGUACUUCCCGGACUCUACCUCGGAAACUUCAUUGAUGCCAAAGACCCGGAUCAGCUGGGCCGGAACAAAAUCACGCACAUCAUCUCCAUUCACGAGUCACCCCAGCCUCUGCUGCAGGGCAUAACCUACCUUCGCAUCCCAGUGGCUGACACCCCUGAGGUACCCAUCAAAAAGCACUUCAAAGAAUGUAUCCACUUCAUCCACUGUUGCCGCCUCAAUGGGGGGAACUGCCUUGUGCACUGCUUCGCAGGCAUCUCCCGAAGCACCACGAUCGUGACAGCCUAUGUGAUGACUGUGACCGGGCUAGGCUGGCGCGAAGUGCUUGAAGCCAUCAAGUCCACCCGGCCCAUCGCCAACCCCAACCCAGGCUUUAGGCAGCAGCUUGAAGAGUUUGGCUGGGGCAGUUCCCGGAAGCUUCGCCGGCAGCUGGAGGAGCGCUUCGGAGAGAGCCCGUUCCGCGACGAGGAGGAGGUGCGCGCGCUGCUGCCACUGUGCAAGCGCUGCCGGCAGGGCUCUGCCGCCUCCGCCGCCUCCCCCGUGCCGCAGUCCUCAGCCUCCGAGGGAACCCUGCAGCGCCUGGUGCCGCGGACGCCCCGGGAAACCCACCGGCCGCUGCCGCUGCUGGCGCGCGUCAAACAGACUUUCUCUUGCCUCCCGCGGUGUCUGUCCCGCAAAGGCGGCAAGUGAGGAUGCCGCCACUUUUCCUCCUGACUGGUCCCCUGCGAGGGGCCGACUGGGCCUCCCACGGCCUCCAGGAGGGCCCAGAGCCCGUGGGAGCCCCGCAGUGGCCUGAUCCCUGCCCCUGUCCCCUAUGCCUGCCCUGCUUGUCUGCAGUAGUGUGUCCUCUGUCUAGUGCGUCUCUGUUCUGUGUCCGGGCCAGGCUGCUGCAGCCAUCUGGUGCCUUAGUCCUUGGGCUAGGGGUGGGGGCACCCGGGCCUCCCCUCUUAAAGUCGGUGGGAG